AUGUCCAGCGGCAAUGUUAAACUCCUGGGCGACAAUGUGGAAAUCCUGGAUUACGAAGCCGAGGGCGAGACUCCCACCGCAGAGCAGUUUCCAGCCGCCGGAGCGGGAGACGAGAGCCGCCCCAUGCCCAUCGUUUUCACCGUCGAUAAUUUGCUGGCCAACAUCGCCACGGCAGAUCCGGCGGAAGUGGAGCGGGCCUACAACACUGGACGUAUAUCUCUGGAGGAUAUUGUCGUAGCGGCCCAUCUGUCGUCUGAUUUUCCCCUUUUCGUUCCUGCUUUCUCGCUUUCCCCGGGAGAAAAAUUGCUCCUCUUACCCCACGAUGAGUUUAUGGCCUAUCAAGCGUUGAACGAGAUGUGGUGCAACGGUCUUGCCAGAAAGGUCGCAGACGCGGAAGCACGGGAGAAGGCGGAGCGCGAGGACGCAGAGCACGAGGAGGAGCGUGAGGCUGCUCGGGCUGCUGCUGCGAGGAAGCAGGCGGAGGAGCGUGCGGUUGCUCUGGCGGAGCACGAGGCGUAUAUUCAAGCUACUAGGGUGAAGCAGGGGGCGCUCCGAUCGCGGCUGGAGGACCUGGAGCCCCGUCACCAUGACCCGCUUGCAGCAGCAUUGCCUCCGCCCUACCCCCGUCGUCGUAUUAUCGACUUUCCCCAAUCGCAAUCCCAGGUGCCCCUUGAUUCCCGUAGUACCGCCUCGACGCACGAGAACGAGCGGGAGGUGGCGGCUACUCCGGCGAACGAGAAGGGGCGAGAGCUGGCAGCUACUCCGACGAACGAGAAGGGGCGGGAGGGGGCGGCGACUCCGGAGUUUUCGGUGACGUUGGGUCUUCCGGUCGGUUCUGAAGACGGAGCAUCGUUUGCGGCCGCAACCACGGGGUACGAGUUCCAUGUUGGCGAUACAGCGUUCCUGUCCCGCUCACUGGAGAUGCCAGCCGAAGACGUAACUUUCCACGACGAGGAUAAACUGGAAGCUCUUUUUGCAUGGGCUGGCGUAAAACAUCUCGUCCGUGCUCAAUUUCCCCACUCUCACACCGUUGCUUUCGGGUACAUUUAUUCUGCCCCCUACAUCACGAAACUUCUGCCUUCUUCGCGGCAGUCCAUGUUCCGGCUUUUGUUCGCUCUCCGUCGUGCCUCUUUUACGAGCGGUCUUCAAGGAACGUCGGUGGUGACUCAAGAUGGAGGACUCCAGCUGCCUCUUGCUCGUGCUGCCUCUAACAACGACUUCAAGCACGAUCUGCAAGCCCCCCGGCAGGCAUCUUCCCGCCCUGCACAUGGUCCUAAAGGAGAUAAGGACUACAGUCGAUCGGCGGCUCCUGCGUUUAAGAGCUGGAAGAACCGUUGGGGUGACCAAGAUUCGACAGCCAAGAGCGGGACGGACGACCACCGCCGCUCCACCCAGUCUUCGCGAGGGCGCGGCACCGGAGAUGGCGGGCGAGGGCAAGUCGUGGGGACCCAGCCUACCAGGUCGUCGCCGGCGAGCCGCCACCGCCGAAACAGGAAUCGGAGCGCAGAACGUCAUCAUUGCACCAAUCCUUUGUCUAGGCGUGGGCGCAGCCGGAGCGGAGACCGUCGUGGGAGAAACACGACUUCGUCUAGGCGUAGCCGCAGCCGGAGCCAGAACCGGAGAGGGGGCAACAGCAGGGCGACCAGUACUGACAGCAGUCGCGGCGGAAAAGGGGGACGGAAGUCAGGCCACGGGAACAGGCAAGUAGAAAACCAUCUGCGCAAGGAACCGGCAGGGCCCUCGACGUACACCUUCUUCAUCCAGAAAUUGGCGGCUGCCUGGGACACUCAAGACAAGAGCUCGGGGAUUGAUCGUCUUCGCCGUUUUGGCGUAUCCAACGGCGAGACUUACGGAGAAUACAAUGGUCGUUAUACGGCUCUGGCCAUGACCGUCAUGGAGCAUCGUCGUGAAGAGAUCGUGCUUACGGGGUCGUAUGCCAAGUUUGCUCAAAACCAUGACAUGAAACAUCAUCUACUAGAGACGGGCACCCGCCUCCUUGCAGAAGCCAGCCCCUUCGAUCGUGUUUGGGGUAUCGGCAUGUCUUCAUGCUUUCCAGAUGCUAGCGAUUCAUCCAAGUGGGCGGCUAGCGGAAAAAACUUGUUGGGAAAAGCUUUGAUGGAAGUUCGACGCCUCUUGCGUGAUCAUCCCCUAUCUGGUGAAGGGACGAAGCCCGUUGCAUCACGCCCGUAUCGUAUCAACCCGUUGAUGCAAAACAAAGUGGAUGCCGUUUUGGACCAGUAUUUGGCGGCAGGGCUCAUCCAACAUUCCACGUCUCCGUGGGCUUCUCCUUUAGUUGUCAUCCCCAAGAAGGACGGAUCGGUUUGCAUCACCGUCAACUACAAACGUCUCAACGCUCUGGUGGAUUUGGAUUGGACAACCUCUCCCUCGAGUGUACGGUAUCUUGGAUUCUCUGUACACCGGGAAAGUGUUCUCCAUCUUCGACCUCAAGUCGGCUUUCCACAAGAUCGGAGCCAACGCAAGUCCGUCUGGUUCGUCAAGGUCAUCAACAGAAUGUUGCACGGUCUGGAGCGUGUGCUUGCGUAUCUGGACGACGUCAUCUGUUUCAAUGAGGAACCUCUGGGACACGUGCUGAACAUGAUCGAGUUCUUCAAACGACUGCGACAGUGCAACCUCAAACUGUCUCCAGGGAAGGCUCGCGUCGGCGCCACGCACGCUAACUUCCUCGGUCACACUAUAUCUCCGGCCGGUGUUAGCCCUGAUGGCGUUAAGGUUAGGGCGCUCAUGCACAUGCCGCCGACGACGAAUGUUAAGCAGCGUCGGAGCCUUCUCGGUGGACUCAGUUCCUACCGGAUAUUCCUCAAGGACCUCGCCACCAAGGUGCGGCCUCUCAACUCCCUUCUCAAACAAGGCGUUCCCUUCAAGUACACGCCAGGCAUGGUCAAGGUUGUCAAAACGUUGUUCAGCGAACUCGCUGGCCCCCCGAUUUUGGUCUUCCCGGAUUGGGCAGCAAUCGAGGACAACAGCCGUCCUCUUCGUUUGUGUUCCGACGCGUGUAUCGACGGCUUUCGCGCCUCCUUGGAACAAGAGCAGCUCGAUGGCUCGGUGAGACCCAUCGUGUUUAUCAACCGCGCUACUCUUCCUGCGGAGCGUAACUGGACCGUUUUGGAUCUGGAGGCUGGUGGCAUUGUUUGGGCCAUCAAACACCUUCGCGGUUUUCUGUGGUCGACCACGUUCAUCAUCUAUUCGGACCACAAAGCCUUGGAGAGCAUCGGCAAGGUUGGGGAACACAACGCUAGGGUGCAACGAUGGCUCGAGUUCCUGUCCAACUUCACCUACACCCUGAAAUAUCGGAAAGGGGCCUGGUACGGUCGUCGGCGUCGACUUCUUCGGACCUCUCCCAGUGACUGCCAAGGGCGACUCCNGUUGUUCACAGACCGUUUCAGUCGGAGAGCCGCCAUGUUCGCAGUUAUAGCGGCGGAAUUUACGGCGAAAGGGACGGCUCACAUCUUCGUCAACCAAUACAUGACCAAGUGGGGAUGUCCGACUACGUUACUGUCGGACAACGGACUACAUUUCUGCUCGAAGCACUCCAUGGCGAUCUACGAGGUGAUGAAGAUCAAGAAGGGGCCUGGUACGGUCGUCGGCGUCGACUUCUUCGGACCUCUCCCAGUGACUGCCAAGGGCGACUCCUACAUUUGGUUGUUCACAGACCGUAUCAGUCGGAGAGCCGACAUGUUCGCAGUUAUAGCGGCGGAAUUUACGGCGAAAGGGACGGCUCACAUCUUCGUCAACCAAUACAUGACCAAGUGGGGAUGUCCGACUACGUUACUGUCGGACAACGGACUACAUUUCUGCUCGAAGCUCUCCAUGGCGAUCUACGAGGUGAUGAAGAUCAAGGAGGUCACCACCAGCUCCUACCACCCACAGACGAACGGCGGCAAGGAAAGCGCCAACCACACGAUGGCCCACAUGCUUGCGGUGGUCGUCAACGAACAGCAAUACGAUUGGGAGGUACAUCUCCCGCACGUUGAGUUUGCCUACAACAAUUCCGUGAACCAGUCUACUGAAUUAGCGUCAAACGAGAUCCACAUCGGACGCAUCCCGCGACUCCCGCUGUCGGUCUUCGAUCAUCCCACGGUAGGUGGUCACCAAUGCUUGGCUCGCGAUCAACUCGAGUAUUACAACCUGGCUGUCGAUCGCCAGCGCCGGGCCUAUGAACUUGUCCGUGAGUACAACGCCCUAAAGAUUUCGCGAGUCGAACGCCGCAAUUCAUCCCUGCUGGACGCCAUUCACAAGCUCCCUCAGUUUACCGUUGGCGGGUGG